ACUUUUCAAAUGAGACUGAGAAAACUCCUUUAUGUUAUCAUUAGUGAAAUACAUGUGUCCUUCAGUGAUGAAACACCAUCACAUGCUAAAAGUGAAAGAUCAGUUUCACCUGUGUCCAGUUCUGUGUCUAUGAAGAGUGACCGUUCAAAAGGUGAUGGAGCAAACUUCAUUGAGAAAACCCCAUCAUCUUCCAAAAGUGUAAGAUCAGGUUCACAUGUGUCCAGCUCUGUGUCUGUGAAGAGUGACCGUUCAAAAGGUUUUGUACCGAACUUCAGUGAGAAAACACAAUGUAACAAGAGUGAAAGAUCUGAAUCGCACGUGUCCAGCUCUGUGUCUAUGAAGAGUGACCAUUCAAAGGGAGAUAGACCAAAUUUCAAUGAGAAAACACCAUCACCUUCCAAAAGUAACAAAGGACAGAAGUCCACAGUAAAUAUUGGUGCAGAAAUUACACGGUGGGACGCUCUGAAAGCACAGAAGGGAUUGAAGAGUGAUGUGGAACUGGCAACUUUUCUUCUCAACAGGGUUCAGUUUGAGAAAUCAGACUCAAACUACAAGAAUUACUGCAACCGCAAGAAUUUCAGAGAAAAUCUCAUCUGGACCUUCAAGGCAAGUAAAUAUUAAUGAAUGC